AUGCCAUGGUUGGGUUCAAGGCCAUGUGUGGCCAAUCUCGUCACCUUCCCUCUGGACGCGGCCAAAAUUCAGGGGGAGGCAAAGCUCACGGGUAAGGGGCGGUACAAGGGGGUCUUCGGGCCCAUCGCCACCAUGGUGAGGACACGGGGGACCCCCUGGACUGGGGGCCGGGCUGCAGCGGCGGAUGAGCUUCACCUCCACACGCGUGAGGCCGUACGACUGCAUGAAGCAGCUCUGCACCGCAGGGGCAGAGCGUGCAGGGAGGGUGGCCAUGGCUACCAGGGCAUCGUAGAUGCCUACAGGACCAUCACCAAGGAGGAAGGUGGCCGUGGGCUGUGGAGAGGUGGAAUGUCCCCCAACAUUAUCCACAGCGCCAUGGUGAACUGCGCCGAGCUGGUGUCCUACAACCUCAUCAAGGAUCACAGAAUGGGAUGCCCCUUGAAGACUGACAACCUCCCCUGCUGCUUUGCUUCUGGUUUUGGGGCUGGCUUCUGCGCCACGCUCGUUGCCUCCCCGAUGGACGCAGUGAAGAUGAGGUACGUGAACACUGUUCUGGGGCAGCACGGGAGCGGUGGCAGCUGUGCCCUCGCCCUGCUCAGAAAUGAGGGGCCGGAGGCUUUCUACAAGCAGUUUGCGUCCCCAUUCCUGCAGCUUGGCUCCUGGAAGUUCAUGAUAUUCGUCACCUAUGAGCAGCUGAAACAGGGCUUGAUGGCCACACGCGGCCAGCGGGAGGUCCCCUCCUGA